AUUAUAGCAUUUACAUCAUCUUCACCUCAGAACACUGUCAGCUACCAGUGGGCGCAGACUGCCUAUGUGGAUCACCACGACGGGAUCAAGCACAGCAAUAAACUAAACAGAUAGACACAAGAACUUUCAAAAUGGAAAACGCCAGAAACAUCGCAUUUAAAGACUUUGGCAAGAGAGAUGGCAUGACUACAGGCCAAGUUGCUGAUGUCUUCACAAAAGUCGCUGACACUUACGAUGAGGUGUGGACAACCCGAAAUCACAGAGGCCAUAUAUACGUAGCCGAGGGUGUGGCUGACUACUUUCAGGCGGAUGUGAUGGGUUUUGUGAGAAUCCUUGAUGUUGGUGCUGGCACAGGAAUGUUAGCAGAGCAGUUGUGGACAAGAGGAUUUAGGCAAAUAGAUGGCCUUGAUCCAUCGACUGGUAUGAUGACGGAAGCAAUGAAGAAAGGCGUGUACACAGAUUACUACCUGGAGUUCAUGGAUGGACACACCAUUGGAAAACUGGCCACAGACAGCUACGACGGUUUGGUUGCUGCUGCUGCUUUCAACACAGGUCUUUUACCUUGUGCUGCUUUACUGGAGAUGGCCCGACUGGUGAAGCCAGGAGGUCUGAUAUGCUUCGGGAUCCCUCACGCUUGCUUCACUGACGUAAAGGAAUACAACAACAGACUGGAACCUUUGAUGCAGCGGAUGGAACUGGAUGGGAUGUGGAAACUGUUGGACAAGAAACACCAUGAUGAUUUUUAUGACAAUGCAAAUCCUGGAAAUGUCUUCAGAUAUAUUGUUCAUGCUUCUGAUGUUGAUGUAAAAUACUACGUAGAAAAGCUUUGUCAUGCAUGUUGACGUUCUUUCACUUGAUACAACAAUGUUGAAGAAAUCCAUGAAUCUUCGUGUGUCAAUCUUUAUAGUACUUUUGCAUUUUGCUAAAGUUUGCAAUUAUAUAGCAGUAAUGCCUAUGUAGCUUAUGGUAUCAUAAAUUUGCAUGUUUUACAAAUGUUUUGGUGUCACUCUCGAAUCACGCCUAUCGUGUUGCUAGUAAUUUAGUAUUGAGAACGCGCGUGUGCUGUGCGCUCUCACAUAUAUUUGGGUAACCUUAGAACAUAAAGUUGAGAAUAUAAAUCACAGAGUUGAUGGCGACAGUUCCAGUAUUUAUUCUUGAGCAGAUGUGAUCAAGAUACAUUCAAUACACAAUUUCAAGUUAUUACAAUAAUAAAGAUGUACAUAAGAUAUUAUAUAAUAUUACAAUUUAACAUUCAUUUAAUAUAGAGUUGAUAAUUGAUUGUUGGGGGAAUUAGCAUGGUGGAGUUGACAAUGGCGGGAAGAUGACUGGCUAUAGUUGAUAUCAUUUACAUAUCACAAUUAACUGGAUACUGAAAAUAGAAAGGACACAGUUAAACUCGAGACUAAACACAUACACAUACGAUUACACAGAUAUACAGACUACCACUUUUGCAUCUAUCAAGAAGAUUUAUGUAUAUCAAUAAUAUGGCUGAGAUUUGUACACAUUCAAACAGCUGGAGGCUUACGAUAGGUAUUGCCCUUGGCAUUUCCUUAAACUAGCCUGUUUACAAUAUUAUCAAUAAUAUUAACAUUAACGAUAAAUGUGCGGUAACUCAACAAUGUUGAGAUCUGUAUAAUACACUUAAAAUACAA